GCGUCUCCCGCCCCGCCCCUCGCAGCAGCCGGCUCCCUCCUUCUCUCCUCCCUCGCUCCGCCUGGGACUGGUCCCGCAGCCCCCUCCCCUGGCCCGCCUCUGCCUGACAGCGGCCCUGCGGCAGCCAGGGCCCUGAUUGGCCCCGCGGCCCCCCUCGCUCCGCUCCCCUCGGGCCAGGCGCAGCCAUGAACCCGUUAUUCGGCCCCAACCUCUUCCUCCUGCAGCAAGAGCAGCAGGGCCUGGCUGAGCAGGAGCCGCCGCCGCCGGCGCCCCUGGGGGAGUUUUUCGGCGGCGAGCUGGGCCCCGCUUCGGCAGCGCCCCCGUUCCCGGCCCCCCCCGCGGCCAUGGCGCUCCGCAAUGACCUGGGCUCCAACAUCAACGUGCUGAAGACCCUGAACCUGCGGUUCCGCUGCUUCCUGGCCAAGGUGCACGAGCUGGAGCGCAGGAACCGGCAGCUGGAAAAACAGCUGCAGCAGGCGCUGGAGGAGGGGGGCAGCCGUCAGCGGGCUGUCCAGCGCCGGGAUCAGGCGGUGCAGACCAGCUUCGUCAGCCCCAUUCGCCCACUGGGGCUUGCCCUGGGCAGCCCCCGGCCCGCUGGGCUCGGUGCCUCCUCUAGGGUUUUGGGCUCUCCCAGCUGCCACCUUGGGGUGCCAUUCACGCCUUCUUCCCAGCCUCCUCCCUUGUCUGGCAGCCCCUUUUCAUCCUCAUCUCGCUUCAUGCCAGGCACCAUCUGGUCCUUCUCGCAGGCCCGUCGGCUGGGCCCAGGACCUGAGACCACCCUGGUUCAGGGGCCAGGGGUCUCGUGGGUUCACCCUGACGGGGUUGGCGUGCAGAUCGACACCAUCACCCCUGAGAUCCGGGCCCUCUACAAUGUGUUGGCCAAGGUGAAGAGGGAGCGCGACGAGUACAAACGCAGGUGGGAAGAGGAAUAUACUGUGCGUGUCCAGCUGCAGGACCAAGUGACUGAGCUGCAUGAGGAGGCCCAGGAGGCUGAAGCGUGCCAGGAGGAGCUGGCCCUGAAGGUGAAGCAGCUCAAGGCAGAGUUGGUUGUCUUCAAGGGACUGAUGAGCAAUAACCUCACAGAGCUGGAUACCAAGAUCCAAGAGAAGGCCAUGAAAGUGGACAUGGAUAUCUGCCGGCGCAUUGACAUCACUGCCAAGCUGUGUGACGUGGCACAGCAGCGUAACUGUGAGGACAUGAUCAAAAUGUUUCAGUCUCUGCACUUGUCUCCCAUUAAGGUCCCAGCCACGGCGGGGCGGAAGCGGGAGCGGAAGCUGAUCAGUGAUGAGGACACGUCGCUGUCUGAGAACGAUGCCUCCAAAAAGCCUGAAGAGGAGGAAGAUGAAGAGACCACAGCCAUGAGCAUCAAUGAGGAGAUGCAGAGGAUGCUAAACCAGCUGAGGGAGUAUGAUUUUGAGGAUGACUGUGACAGUCUCACAUGGGAGGAGACAGAGGAAACACUGCUGCUCUGGGAGGAUUUCUCCGGAUACGCUAUUGCAGCUGCAGAGGUGCAGGGGGAGCAGCAGGAUGACUGUCUGGAGAAGGUGAUUAAGGACACAGAGUCACUCUUCAAGAGCCGCGAGAAAGAAUAUCAGGAAACCAUCGACCAAAUAGAGCUGGAGCUUGCAACGGCAAAGAAUGACAUGAAUCGGCACCUGCAUGAAUACAUGGAAAUGUGCAGCAUGAAGCGUGGGCUGGAUGUGCAGAUGGAGACCUGCCGCCGGCUCAUCACCCAGUCUGGAGACAGAAAGUCUCCUGCUUUCACACCACCCUCUAACAGUGAACCAGCCCUGAAUGAGGAUACCGAGGAGUCCAAUCAUGACCUCCCAGCGGAUGCCUCUAUCAGAUAAUUAUUUGAGAGGCCCUGCCCACUCCUGGCAAGGCAGAGAGCAGGGGUGUCUGAACUGUGGCUGGGAGAGACUGACAGGGAGCCACCAUCAGAACUCUAUCAAAUCCCUCCUCGUUUGGGGCAAGGGUGGAGAAUUUACGCAGAAAGGACAUGUUGUAAAUGAGAACAGCUAGCUAGAGCUGAGGGCCCUCACACAGGGUCCCCUUCCCUCUCCCCACCUCUGUCUUGGCCUCCCCCACUUGGAUCUUACUGGGGUUCAGACAGGGAGGAUCCUACUUUAUUAUAGCAGCAUCCCCUGGGACCUGUCUCUUGGGGACCACUGCCUCCGUCCCCUGUCCUGGUAUACUUGACGUGUCUCCCUCUGCACCCCUUGUGCUGCUCAGAAGUAGAACUGGAGCUGUGUCCCUCUGCAAACGUUGGUGCCAACUGGACCGAGUGCUGGACUCUCUCUGCCCUCUGUGCUUGUUGAACACUCCCGUGGUCCCUGCACCACAGCACACAAGGUACUGAGAGCCUCUUCUCUCCUUGGGGACAAGGAAAGGGCCAUUGGCUCCUGCCCCCUCCAUGCACUUUGCUUUGCUGUGCAUCUGUGGUGUGAUGACAGUGUGUAUGUUUGUGAUGGAAAUGAGGACUCAUUAAAUGGGACAAUAAUGCCCUUUUUCUA